GUCAGCUGAGCGUGAGGAAGGUAUAAGUAUUCCUUUGAACUUUUCCUCCGCUGCAGUGUGUUUGUUUAGUGAGUGUGGCACGAAACGAGAACAAACUGCGCGAGGAAAUUAUUUAUGAGAAACCGUCUAAAGAAUCCCCCCCUGAAUUAUUAUUCAAGGUAGCGCCGCUCCGACCCCAGGGAAGCGCUCCCGCACCGCGACACCGCCACCAUGGUUGCCACAAGCACGUUGAAGACCAAAAGCGGCGAACGUAUUUCGGAUUUGCUCGACCGACGACACGACCAAGCCUGCAUUGAGAAAGAACUAGAUUUCUGGGAUCACUGCUUGGCUGAGCCCCAGAGGAACGCAGAUGUCGGCGAGGACCGAACCUGUCAACAGCUGGCCAAGAUGUUUGAAAACUCCCUGUCUCGCGCCAAGAAGACAACGCUGCACUGCUCCUCUGUGCUGGUACCAGAGAAGCUGACGCGGCGAAUAGCUCGCGAAGUCCUGCGCCUGGCGUCCGACGAGCCCUGCGGCCUGCGUGGCUGCGUCCUCUACGUCCACCUGGAGCUGGACAAGGGCUGCAAGCGGCUGGAGCGCAUUGUGUACGAUGCCACCGUGGUGCCCACGUUUGAGUUGACUCUUGUGUUCAAGCAGGACGGCACCGCCUGGCCCAGCCUGCGGGACCUCUUUAUGGGAACCUGCUUCGCCCCAACUUUCAGGCGCGUACUUAAACUGAGUCCAGGUUUCCGGCUCGUCAAGAAGAAACUUUACUCCUCCUCGGCUGGUACCGUGGUAGAGGAGUGCUGAACUAUGGGAGGGAUUAGUGUGGAAUGUCGAGUUUCCUGUGGGUAAACGCACUUCUGCCCAAAUGUAAAUGACACUACCAGCGGUGUCAUGUUUUCUACAGUGUUUUUGUACAAUCAGUUUCAGCUGUUAGUAGCCAGUCCGUUCAGUUUGGAACUUGUGGUUUAAAAGCUUGUGCAUACAGUUAAUGAGCCUGAUGAUUCUGCGUUUGGCUUCGGUGUUUGUAAAGGUGCAUUUUUAUCAGCAACAUUGUAAUAUCCUGGAUGAUUUUUCCUCUAGUAAGAGCGUUUGUUACUCAAACACAAUUUUAAAUUGUACAUUUUGCAGAUGAAUGUAGGACUAUGUUCACACAACAUGUUUGAGAGGGACAUACUUUGGGUACACUUUUGUUAAAGACACUAGCCACUUUGUUGUUGCAUCUGAGUGUUUCCAGAUGCAUUGAAUGUGUUCAGCGACAGCAAACGCACCUUUAGGCUUGAAUAGGAGACUGAAAUUUGGGGCCAUAUGUAGCUAGUUGUACAAUGCUGUCUCUUGUGCUGCAGAUGUUUUUAAGACUGAAUGUCUUGUGAAGAUGCUGCUGUCUUGGUGUGGGCUUCUCGCACUUAGGUAAUGUGGAUGCCUUAAAUGUCAUGUCAUGUCUUUUGUUUUUUGUCGUUGUUCACGCCUAUCACAGAUAUUUGUGCAUGUUUGGUAUAAUUGUUUUAUUGCAUUUUUAAUUUUAUACCCUCCCCCCAAACACCUUUUUCAAUGCAGAAACGUUAUAGAUUAUUAAAAGGACAGUUCAGCAAAAUUUAAAAGUGUAUUAUUUGUUAUGUUAUCUGUUAACUGGGAUGUGCAAAGAAAUUACUGAAUGUCCAGCUUUUUUGUCUUUUAAUUUUUUUGUGAAUUCUCCAUAAUUUUUCAUACUUUUUUGAUGCCAUUUGUUGAAGGAAAAUUAGGUCUUGUCUAUUAGACAAUAAAAAAUUUGAACCCUAGAUUAUAUUUACAGACUUGAUUCUGUGUAUGCCAUUUGAUUGUUUGUUCAGCACCCACACAACAUUAGUGUACAUAUUCUGAAGCUGUUACCAAGCCUGCUGCAGUGGGAAGGCAACACAAUACAGACCCUUUUUUUCUUUCUUUUUAGAAGAGGACAAAAGCCUCAGCAAGAUCUGUAGGAAGAAUGUGAUGCAUCAUCCUGACUGCCAUGACAUCUCAACAGUUACUGCCAAACAUUGGUAAUCACUCGACCAGUCUACAGUGUCCUGUAUAGUGUCUGAAAAUAAAGUAAGAACCCCAUCAUGAAUGAUUAA